UGUUUAUAUAUAUAUAUAGGACAUCAUCAACUUCUGACCCUUCUCCGCCUACACUGAUCCCGUUAUCUUCCUCUUCACGUUCCAACUUCUAUUAGGGUUUUUCUGUCUAAAUCUCGAUCGAUCCAAGACGAAAAGAAAAAGAAAAAAUAGGGUCUUUUUUCUCACACAAUUAGGGGGGUUUCGGAGAGCAUAGGAAGAUAAUAUGCCUUCGUUACCCUUUGAAUCGAUUUUGCUCCCUUUGCUUCCUUCUUCCACUCAUUUUCAUGUUGGUUUAUGUUUAUGUUCCCAUCGUUUGAAACAUCUUCAAAAAAGCGAUCGUCGUGGAAUCUAGCUUGUUUGGAAGAUUUGGGAUUGAUUUUGAUUGUGAUCUUAGGUUUAAAUCUCGUCAACUGAUCGCUGUAACCGUCUUAAGAAAGCUAGCUAGGACUGUUUGUAUUCAUUGGUGUUAUAAAAGGACCAUGUUGGGUUCCCGAGAGGUAGAUGAUUUGAGUGACCUUAAACAGGCAAUACUUGGUGCUUGUUUGAGUGAAUGUGUUGGGGGUGAUAGGAGUGGUGUGGACGAUUUAAUUGAGCAAGGACAUCAAAGCAAACCUCCACAGAAGUGUUUAGGCAAGCGUGCCUCAUUAUCUACUACAGUCUCUCCUCCUGAGUAUGAUGUUGAUGAAAUCGAAACUUCAUUGAGGUGGCUAUUCUCAGAGGAUUUGGCGCAGUCAUCUUGGUCCUGUUCCGCUUCUUUCCCUACUCCAUUGAAGCUAGUGUCUGCCCUCAAAGGUAGCCGUCAAAAACAGGGAUUACCGACAAAGGAGCUGACAGUGACAUGGGCCCCUGAUGUUUAUGAUCCUCUGCCAACAUCCGUUUUGCACACAGUUAGAGGCAAAAAGCAGCAGAAGUUGAAGAAGAACAGUGAUAAGAAGAAAAAAGGAAAGAAAUGGCACAAGGGAAACAACUCCUUGCGUGGUGGUGGUAAAGACAACAAACAGUUUCACAGAGGUGGUGGGAGUUUGGAUAAGUGGUAUAACUACAAACCACUUGAGCUUCAUGGUACGGUAGUCAACGAUGCCUCAGGCAACCUUGAUGGUUUUAAGGUUGGCAGUACAGACCCCUACUGUGGGACUAGUUAUCUGAAAAAUUCACUCACUAGAAUGCACUACUCUGUGGCGGAGGCUUUAUGACUAAGGCUCUUCCUUUUACCGGUUCCUGUAGAUAAAUAAGCCCUUUUUUCUGUCCUCCCGUAUGAAUAUUUUGAACAUUUGCCUUUAGGUUGCAAUUUGCUAUGCUAUGAUCUUUUUGAUAAUGGUGUGGAUUUGAAAGUUUUGUUCAGUGCGCUGUUUGUGCUGUGUAGGAGGCAGUACUUGAACAGCUUAACUGCCUUCUUGCUUUGUGAAAUAGGAUAUUUUGUUUGAUCAAAUAGCAGACAGUGAGAUUGUAUUGGAAUCUUAUGCUCUUAUUUUCUAUUAUUAGCUUUGUGAACUAAA